AUAUAGGCGACAGAUAGGUAUAAAAAUGUAAGGCUUAGGUAGAAAUUUGUAUCCAGUUUAAUAUAAUAGGUAUCUAGAUAGUCAUAUAAAAUGGCCUUAGAUAAGAAAACGAAAUAAACAUUCAAUGGUAGUAUAAUAGUAUGAGUAGAGCAUGCGCAGUGCGCUUCGUUGUGAGCCUUGAUAAUGUGAGGCGGGCGGCGAGCGAGCGACUCAGUCGGUGGAAGGCGCCGCGGUGGCCGUGCCAGCGUACUCGCCGCGAUACACCGCGCUCGCACCACGGAAGCGGAUGGCGCAAUGUUCGGUCGUGGAGGAACAAUUUAGAGGGCGUAAAGGCGGGUGCCCGCAGCCAAGACGUAAUCAUUGUUAAAUCCAGUUUGAGAGUAGCCGCACCUGGUCAACGCGACGUCGCCGACUGCAGAAGAACUCGCGAGGCCGAGGCGGACGACGUGAUAAAUCUGGGUGCACCGCGCCCGCCGCGGCUAUUGAGAUCCGACGCCUCGCCUCGCGCUCGCACUGCUCGCACCUAUACUCCUAACCCCAGACUCUACCCGGGACCAUCGCCGAAAACUAAGCUGAAAGCCGAGCGAAGCGAAGGGCACGGUCGACGUCGAAAGCGCACAUUUCGGCGGCCGGUGCCCAAAGCGCGGCUGUACCGGGCGGCGCCGCCGCGGGCCGCCGCGCCGACCGCUGUCCGCCAGCACUGGCCGCCGCCCGCGCCACCCGGCCCGCGCGUCCUCGACACCGCGUGUCGUGCCGCGCUGCGGCUCGGCGAGCGGCGGCGCUUGGCCUCACCCGCGUCGCCCGCGCCGCCCCUGCCGGCGCCGCCGCCGGUGUUGUCGGCGCCGCGCCGGCUCGUGGUGACGCUGCCGGCGGCGACGGCGCGCGCUAUGGACGCGCGCCCGCCUUGCUCUCCGGACGAGGGCUCCGACGGAAACGAUGCCGCCUCAGCGCCCAGCGAGUUUCUCGCCGAGUUCCUGUCGGCUAUUAUGCAGCGGCAGUACGCCGAAGCGCUCAAGUAUUGCCGCCUGAUCCUGCAGUACGAGCCGCACAAUACCACCGCGCGCGGCUUCUACCCUCUACUGCAACAUAAAGUGAACGCACACAAGCGUGCUGACGAGCCGCGGCCGCGACGCGGCAGCUCGAGCGGCGACAGCAGCGCGGGCUCGCGGCGCCGCGCCCUCGCCUCGCGACACGAGGUGAUGGAACAGGAGGCCGAUGAGGCCGAGGCGGCGCGCACGGCGAGCGAGUCGGAGGGGGAGGGCGGCUCCGACACGGAGGCGUCGUGUGCCUCGCAGUCCUCGCUCGAGCUGGACUCCUCGCCCAGUCUCUCCAUCAGCCGGCGCACGGACCACACCGACAGUGCGUGCGCGUCGGGCUCCGGCUCCGGUUCGAUGUCCGGCAGCGGCAGCGGCUGGGAGAGCACCGGCACGGCGGGCAGCGCCGACGGCGGCGGCGGCGGCAGCGGCAGCGGCGGCGAGCGGCCUGCGCCCGCCGACGACAACGGCAACGCUCCGCCGCCGUGCUGCCGCCACUCGUCACCCGUUUGUUUACAAAUCGAUGAUCUCGAGAAUGAUAACAACGAUACUACGCACUACAAGCGCUCGCUUGUCGCAGGCGGAGGUGGAAGCGGAAGCGGAGGCGGAGGCGGAGACGACCGCGGCCGUGUCGCUGCGGCGGCUGCGCGCCCAGUUCGCCUGCUCCAUCAAGUGAGCGGCGAGCCGCCGCUCGCUCUUGUCGUGUCGUUGUGUCACUGUACAUUGUUUUCACUUGCCCAUUUGAGUUUUAUUUCAUGUAGCUGCAGUAUUAUAACGGCGAGCCACCUGCAACCACUUGCAACUACAACAACACGCCGACGGUGGCUAUCGCGACCGUUGUUACCGCGACGUAUUUUUUUAUUUAUAAAUAGAUCUUAUACAGGGUUAAUCAGAAGAAUAAAUAGAAGUUGUUAUGUGGAGUGUUGGAUUAUGAACAACUUUCCAUUGGCAUAUUUGAGAUUAUUCUCCAAAAGGGACCUGACCCCUUAAAAAGGCGGUAUCGUACCAUCAGACAUGUCUCUGCGAAGCCUUGUUGGCAUCCCAGGGUGGGCGCGGCUCAUCCAGCCCCCCAUUAAAUACGCCUAUGAAUAAACUUUAUUCAAGGAACAUUAGUCACUUACCUGCAUAUGUUAAUAAUUUUAUACUUAAUAUUUCCAGUAACUGUUCAAGUACUUUGACUAGCUACUGCCACUGUAUUUUACUGUCCAGCCUCCCUGCACAUGAUACAAAGCAAUCUAUCAAUAAAAUCGUUUCACUCAGCGCUCACAUGAGACAUUUGAACAAGACUUAUGGGCUCGCUUGUAAUAAGGACUCUAUCAAUACUAAAUGUAUUGAUAGAGUCCUUAUUGCAAGCGAUAUUCGCUAUAUAUUAUAUUUGGCCAUAUUCGCGGCCAUAUCCGCCAUAUUGGCGGCACUGGCGAUAAAAUUGUUAGAACGUUAAUUCCUUAACUGAAAUGAGAAAUUAAUUAUCGUGAAUAGCCAUCGCUUUCCUGUCACCAUGUGGUCGACCAGGCAGGGACUGUACACUAUUCUGUAAAGUUGAGCUGGGCUGAUUCAUCUGUAUAGACGCUAUGUACCUAAUCUAGUUGAGGUAGUUUUAUUCGGUGCCGCCACCGCGUACAUGUUGCGACUAGCAACCCCUGUUGAGCACCUCGACAGCAUUCUACAGAGACCUCUCGCUCCUCACUUCCAUCUCAGAGGCAUUCUGUGAUCUGUUUGUGUAACAAGCUGACCGGUGGCGGCGCUGAGCGAAGCGUAGUAAGUUGUGAGUGAAGAGAGAUGGAUGUUUCUGUGCCGCGGUUGUACUCGUAUGUACAUUGCGGCCGUAGACAGAGCCACAGUACGUGUUAAAUUAAUUCACUAUAAUUGAUGUUAUAUUUAUAUUGUGGUUUGAAAAUCUUUAAAAUCUCUAUCAAAUUAUAAGUAAUAAUUUGUAGGCUCAUUUAUAUGUAGGUGAUGUUUGGAAACACGUUCUAAAAUUACAGCGUACCUACCCAAUGAAGCUGACGUUGCCGUGUUGCCGUUCAGCCAAGGUUAAUUGAACAAAUAAAAGACAAAAUAAGAUCUUAGCUAGGUAUGGACCUAUUUAUUUAUUUGUGUGGGCGUUUCUCUUUUGAUCUCAGCCUAGUGGAGUCCCCAGUAAACAAUAUAGUCGAGUUGUAUAAAUGAGAAAGUUCUAAUCGGUUAUUUCUAUAUAUAUAGGUACUCAUAGUAUGUGGAAUGUAAGAGGCUGGUCUCGGAAUCGGGGUGUGGGGUCGCUGCACGGUAAUUAUUCGAAACAAGAACAAUGUAUUUCGUUGAUAUUGUCGUCAUCAUAUCAGCCGUCAUGUGACCACUGCCGAACAUAGGCCUCCCUAUAGACUGGUGCGGUGCUAGGAGCGCUCCGGUGAUAUGCAUGAGUACAAUUGUUUUUGAUAAUCAAUAUUACAAGAUCAAUAUACACAAGAACCGAUACGUUGAGGUCACGAAGUCGGGCACAGCACAGUAAAUGUACUCCUACACUACAAUGAAGCAGUGGGUGGGGCCCUGGGUUUAUAUAUAGGACAUGUGAGGCGUUGAUAUAGAACCAAGUGAUAGUCUUGAGAAGUUCAUCGCUGGACAAUGGAUGGUUAAAACCGACCGUACCGGCUCUGUGCUCGACAAAAUGCUUGCGGUAGCAGCGACCACCACUUUGCAGCGGCUCAAAGCUCCUAUUGUAACGUCGCAUCAUGGCGAGUGAUAGAGUCCGCAGCAGAUGUAACACUAUCUAGAAUCUUGUUCCUAUCACCUCCUAUUACCGGGUGAGGAAUAGGUAUGAAGAGUCAUGUUUCGAGUUUUUCAUCUCUUGUCUCUUACAUACAUACAUACAUACGAGUACCUACGUAAACAUUAUGAAAUAACGAGAGUAUCGUGACUAAGUGACUGCAAAAUUUUUAUUAUUACCUAUAACAUGUUAUAACAUUAUUUACAUAUAAACGUAGACCCUGUCCAAAGUACCCACUGUGUCUAAAUACCUGCAAUUAGAUACAAUAUACCUACUGUAAUAUGUCUACAGUAUGUAGGUACAUAUCAUUUGUCACUAUGUAUAAAAUAUAUAGAUCGUCAUAUCAUACCAUUUUGUCGUACAGCUGUGUAUACUGCCCCCUUGGCGAACGAAUAUAUCGUACGUUUUCGUUGCUGCCCAUAUGGAAGCGGGUACACUGUUCCAUCUUGAACCAUAAAAAGAACUUUGCCUGAGGAGACCUAUAUUAUUAAUACGUUGAAAAAUAUACUUUCCAAUACCUACGCAUAGAUGCACUACCAGUGUCCUUUGUAUAGCAAAGGAUACUCGUUGACGCCUCAAACAUGUGCCUAUACGGCAGUGACAACGUAUCGAUAGAUUCCUAUGCUGCAUAAUCGUCCAGGGGGCUGUUUGUAAUAUUGCAUCAGUUAUAAAGAGUGUAUGAAUCAAAAAGAAAUCACCCAAGAAGGAUUAGACAAAUCAGGGUGCAGUGUUGCCGAUGUUUGUAUCUAGAUUUCAAUCUGUAGGCACCCCUGCAUAUUAUAUUGCUUAUAGAUAUUAUAUUUACACAUUCACCUAUAUAACAUAGCGCUGAAAUCGACAGAAUUCCUACCUACGUAGACGAUAUAAAGUUUUGUAUGAGCUGCGUGUAACGAGAAGACUGAAUGGUAUCGGCCUGUUUUGUUACUAUAUAACUAUAGGUACUGUUUAUUGUGUGCCUAAUUUUUAACUAAACUAGUUUAUUAGGUAGCGUACACUACGAUAGGUCGGCACCUGCCUGUCGCAAUAGGAUGCUGUCGCCCAGCAGCUGGACUUGCAUGGUUGGGAUGCGGCAGUGUAAUUUCAAGGUAUGGAGGUAUGACAUCGUUGCUCUUCCUCUGUUCAUACCUACAGGUGACUCCUACCACUUACCAGCAGGUCAGCUUAUUUGCCAUUCCAGGUUACAUAAAAAAAAACAGGAUUGAAGAGUGUUACGUAAAAAAAAUAAAACAAAGAAUAAAUAAAUAACACACAUCGUGAUUGCUACUGGAAAGAAUACGAGAGGUAAACACCAAAUGGUAGAAAGUGCUCAGCGGUAGAGGCCGGCCUUAGAGGGGCAUGAUCAAAAUGACCAGGAGCUGGUCAUCAAGACUCUCGCAUCAAAUUCAAUAUUAGUAGUUUUGACUAAGUGCGGAACUGUUCUGAGAGAUUGUCCAAAGUCGCUGAACGGAUAUCCAGCAAAUUAUCUAAUAGGUGGAUCAGUAUCUUUGUAACACUGUCGGCCUCGGCGGCUCCUUAACCUGACCUUUUUUUUUAAUAUUUAUUUGGGCGCCAUAAAGAAGUGUUCAAUAUAUGAGCGAUUUCUGUUUUGGUAUAUACUGUAGGCUCAAACUAUGCAAGUCGAGUGGAGCGACACUGCGGCGAUACCUAUGUAGUAUAGCUGCGUCAUAUGCGUUGCGGCACCGUAGGUGCUUACCUACUUGCAGUGUACCGAGCAGCCCCAGCUAUUACCUACCUACUUUACCCCACACUUAUACAAGUAGGUACCCAUAUUGUUACUGUUUUGUAUGAAAUAUUCUAAUUAUAUAUACUAAACGAAAUAUUAAAUAGAUUUAAAGUUAUUACUGUAAAGUACCUAUUUAGUAUUGUUAGUAAUAAUAAUGUAUUACUACCUAUUUAGUUUGAUCUGUCUCAACAUAAUAUUAGGAAUAUCAUCUACUGAAUAACGUUUUGUUAAUUAUUAUAUAGACAUUAGUACUUUGUGUGAAUAAAAUGUGAUUGAAGUAUC